GGCCGAGGGUAGACUCUGCUUGUAGGAAGUUUAGCGGUAGAAAGCCAGGUAGCGGCGGGGAGGAGGUGUCUUGGGCUCAAUGGCGACCGUGGAGGGUGGCAGCAGCGGCGAGAAAGGGCAGGGCGGCGAGACCUCCGUCACCUACUAUCGGUUGGAGGAGGUGGCGAAGCACAACUCCUUGAAGGAACUGUGGCUGGUGAUCCACGGGCGAGUCUACGAUGUCACCAGCUUUCUUAACGAGCAUCCUGGUGGAGAAGAGGUUCUGCUGGAACAAGCUGGUGUAGAUGCAAGUGAAAGCUUUGAAGAUGUAGGCCAUUCCUCUGAUGCCAGAGAAAUGCUAAAGCAGUACUACAUUGGUGAUCUCCAUCCGAGUGACCUUAAACCUCAAAGUGGUAGCAAGGAUCCUUCAAAAAAUACUUCAUGCAAAAGUUGCUGGUCAUAUUGGAUUUUACCCAUUGUAGGCGCUGUUCUCCUAGGUUUCCUGUAUCGUUACUACACUGCGGAAAGCAAAUCUUCCUGAGGAGACCUUGUUGAAGCGUGGGAAACACAUCCACUUGGGAGUGAAAAUUAGAGACUUGCUUGGGGGGCUACGGCAGUGCCCCUCGAAUCCUGCCAAUUGCAUUCUUCCCCUUUAGAGCCAAGACGGUUGACCAGACACCCAACUCCAAUGUGGGACCAGUGUCCACCCUCUCUCAGAGCCUUACGCCCAGCGCGCCUGCUCACCCCCGAGUCCUGGCCAACACUCAUUCUUGUCACUGGUUUCCACAAGUCCCUUACACUGUACAAGUUUAUGUUGCUGAUUGAAGUUCACAUGCUGUGUUGACGUCCCCCUGUGGGAAAUCUGCCUGCUUUCCGAUACUUGAAUACCCAUGAGAGAUUCUUUUUGUUGUUGUUGUCAUUUUUUGAGACAGCGUCUGGAUGUAUAGUUCAGGAUGCCCUCAAACUUGCGGCAAGCCUCCCAAGCGCUGGGAUUACAGGUGUGUGUCACCACGCCCAGCUCCCAUUAGAGAUUCUUAUCAGGGUAGCACUCUGGUUUUGAAAUGUUUCUUAUUCCAUUUUUUAAAAAUCUUUUUAAAAUUCUGAUUUGAUUCUAUUAACCAUAAGCGGUUUCAGUUGUGAAGUAAAAGUGCAUACCUAUUAUUUACAAUAUGACGGCCAAAUGACCUUGCUCCUUACCUGUGUAUUAAAGUUGGAGAGAGCUGUGUGGUCACCUGCCUUCCAGGCUAGUGUAGCUGGCAGCACCUCCGCCCCUCAGCCCAGCCGAUUUCCUGGGGUGCUGGACAAAACUGCUCUCCUCUGCUCUCGGGGCUGGGAG